AUGAGUUUGUACACAUUAAGUGUUAAUGCGUUUGCUGAUUUAACUACUGAGGAGUUUGUAGCGACUCAUACUGGUUCAAGACCACUUUCUCGUUCACGAUCCGCAUCUACUGGCUUGAUAUCCACUGGUUUUAAGUACAAAAACAUCAGUGAUGUGCCACCGUCAAUGGAUUGGAGAGAUAAGGGAGCUGUCACUCCUGUUAAGAACCAACGAAAUUGUGGAUGUUGCUGGGCCUUUUCAGCAGUUGCAGCAGUAGAAUCACUCCACCAAAUCAAAACCAGGAAUUUGAUCUCACUCUCAGAGCAAGAACUGAACGACUGCGACACGAACAACAGCGGUUGUAAAGGCGGCAACGCAAUAGAGGCUUUCAUGUUCAUUCAAAAAAACCAAGGCAUAUUGACGGAAAACCAAUACCCUUACAAGGGAGUUGAUGACCAGUGCGAGGCUCUGCAAGGCGAUAGAGUGACUAUCGACGGCUUCGAAACCGUGCCUGAUAGCGAAGAGAAUGCUCUAUUGCAAGCCGUCUUCAGACAACCGGUUGUCGUGCAUGUCGAUAGUGGUGGUAUUCAUUUCUACAAAAGCGGGAUCUUCAAUGGGGAGUGUGGCACUAACAUUAACCAUGAUCUUACUAUCAUUGGGUUUGGAACAGAUGAUGACGGGAAUAACUUUUGGUUGGCCAAGAAUUCAUGGGGAACAGAUUGGGGAGAGAAAGGAUUUAUAAGAAUGAUAAGGGAUAAGAAUAUUUGUGGUCUUGUCAUACAACCACCUGUUUAUCCUGUAUGA